GACCACUAUUUGCAAACUUUGGUCGAAGGCAAUGAAGAAGCCAGUGGGGAAGUCUGCACAUCGGAAGUCUCAUCCAAAUCUGGUAACGCCGCAGCUACAACGAACUUAGAACACCCACUUGAAAGGACCAUAUAUCAAGCUCAGGUACUUGACCUUUACGUACAUGGCACAAAUUAGGAGCAUGGAAACACAUAAAAAUCAGAUAAAAUGUCAGGAAUAGAAGCACUGUACAUUUUUGAUGAGCAUAACUCAUGUAUACUCGAGCACAUAUGGAAUGGACGGCCACCAUCUGCGCAAAUCCUACUUCCGAUAUACCUAUCACACUCUUCGCCACGGCCUGCCCUCAUUCACGCACCAGACUUGAACCCUCCGACACUUGUGUACUCGAUAAUACAAGACCGGCUUCUCUUUUUGUCACCCGCUUCGGUUGACAGCGACCCCCUUGCGCAUCUGGAGUUUCUACAUCGCAUAGCUGAUGCGCUUGAAGACUUCUUGGGGUCGCCACUACUUGCAUCCAAGAUCGAAUCGUCCUACGAUGUUGUGGCACAGCUACUGGGGGAAAUGUGUGACGGAGGCAUCGCUGCCAUCACGGAGCCCAAUGCACUGCGAGACGUGGUAGAAGCACCCUCGUGGAUGAAUAAGCUACUUGGUGGUGUUGGGCUGCCUUCUCCAAGCCCAUCGAUCACGCCUUCACUAGGAGGAUUACCAAGACCUGCCUUGGGUAAAAGUCUAUCAAAUACUAAUCAAAUUGCAAUACCGUGGAGGAAAAGUAACGUUAGGCAUACAAGUAAUGAGAUGUAUGUUGAUAUCGUGGAGACGCUACACGUUAUAUUGGCGCCUUCGGGACGACCUCUCUCCGCAUCUGCGCACGGGACCAUUGCAUUUACUUGCAAGGUGUCUGGAAUACCAGACCUCGUGCUUCAGCUUACGGCUGCUGGUGGGUCACAUACAUUACACUCGGUGCUCAAGCUCCCCGUUUUUCACCCAUGUGUGCGAUUGGCGAGAUGGAAAGAGAGGCCAGGCGAAUUGAGUUUUGUACCGCCGGAUGGGAGGUUUCUCCUAGCCGGGUAUGAAGUAGAUUUACUUGGCUCAGACUACCUGGAACAGGCUGUCUCAAAUCCCAAACUUUCCGCUGCUCUGAAUAUCCCAGCGACAGUAGAUGUGCGAACCGGGCUUGGGGCAGCAGGAACAGAGUUCGAAGUCAGAUUAAUGCUUGAUCCGAAGUUCGCCGCAAAGGCUGGUCCUGGCACUGGGAGAGACGCCUUCACGAAACCGACGGGCUUUGGUGCAAAGUCGAGUGGAACGUCUGCUAGUCCUAUUGUAGAGGAUAUAGUCGUUCGCGUACCGAUUCCUGCUGGUGUGCGGAACAUCAAUGAUCUGAGACCGAGUCGUGGAGAAGCGCACUACUCGCCUACUGAUGCAGCCGUCGAGUGGAAAAUAGCAGCAAAGGACGCGUCCACGGCUAUCGGAUCACUGCACAGUAACGCGAUUAGCGUGGUGGCAACACUUCGAUGCACUGUCGUUGGAAUGAGCGAUGGUGAGUAUGAUGAUGAGGAAAUUGGAGCGGAUGUCAAGACGGGGACUUGGGAUUAUGAUGACGGUUCCGGCGCGUAUCAGAGCGGCAACGAUGAGAAAGCACAGAUUGCAAACUCGCAGGACAGACCAGAAAAGUCGACCAGGUCGCUGAUGCCAGGAAGUGCCAGUGUCAGCUUCCAGGUCAAAGGUUGGCUUGCGAGUGGCAUAAAGGUGGAGAAGCUUGUCAUUGAUACCCAGAAAUCGAAGGGACUUGGAGCAGGUGUGCAGCCUUACAAAGGUGUGAAGUACUUGACUGUUAGCAAAGACGGCGUUGAAGCCAGAUGCUAAAUGACGCAUGAUAAAAAUUCUCGAGAAGUAAUGAAUGAUAAUGAAUCCACGGCUCAAGAAGCA